AUGUUGCUUUCUCUCCUCAUCCUGGCACUUACAGCUACGGCCCAGGAAUGCCCCAAUUAUGUGCAGUAUGCUGCCGAGCGCCAUGAGCCUUUCUCCCCCGGAAUCUACGAGUUCCCCUUCCAGCGGCCCACCAAAGAUUGCCGCACCUACUCGGUAGACAAGGUGGAAGAGAUCAUCGAGGGCAAGAAUGCCACAAUCUCGGACCCGGACCUGCAAAGACUCUUUGAGAACACAUGGCCAAGCACUCUUGACACCACAGUACGGUGGACUGGGGUUUCCAGUGACAACCCGGAUGAAGAGCUGGCAUUCAUCAUCACUGGAGACAUCAAUGCCAUGUGGAUGCGCGACAGCGCCAACCAGCUCCAGUCCUACAAGUCCAUCGUGAGCGAGUACCGCAUCGCCAGCCUGUACCGCGGGGCCAUCAACCUCCAGGCCCGGUACAUGACGCAGUACCCCUACUGCAAUGCCUUCCAGCCGCCCCCAGAGUCCGGCAUGUCCCCGCAGUACGAGCACGACGACGACGUCGUCACGCCCGCGGUGGACCACAAUGUCGUCUUCGAGUGCAAGUACGAGAUAGACUCGAUGGCCGCCUUCUUCCAGCUCUCCUGGGACUACUACGAGGUCACAAAGGACGCCGAGUUCUUCGGCAAGUUUGGCUGGGUCGAGGCCGUUAAAGUCAUCCUGAGUACGGCGAAGGACCUGAUGCGGGGCACGUACGCAGACGACGGGAGCGUCAUCAGGCCGCCGUACACCUGGCUCCGCACGGCGACGAGCGCCUCGGAGACGGUGUUCAACAAGGGCACCGGCGCGCCGGUCAGGGGCAACAUCGGUCUCGUCCGUAGCUUCUUCCGCCCCUCGGAUGACUCCUGCAUCUACCAGUAUUUCAUCCCCGGGAAUAUCAUGUUCUCGCGGUAUGUCAAGGCUACUAGCGAGAUCAUGAAGACGAUUGAUGAGGCGCUCGCCAAGGAGAUGGAGGAUAUCGCGGAGGGAAUCGCCAAGGGCAUUGAGGAGCAUGCCAUUGUUAACCACCCUGAGUUUGGCGAGGUUUAUGCCUUCGAAAUUGAUGGCUUUGGCUCGUUCAAUCUCAUGGACGAUGCGAAUAUUCCAUCGCUCUUGAGCAUCCCCCACCUCGGGUUUAAAGAAAGCACCGACUCAAUCUAUCAGAACACCCGCAACUUCGUUUUGAGCAAGUCAAACCCUUACUUUGCUUAUGGACCAGUCAUCAAUGCCACCGGUGGACCUCACGUUGGACCUGGGAACGGCUGGCCAAUGGCGGUCGUUAUGCAGCUGCUCACCUCCGACGACGAUGAAGAGAUCACCCACGGGCUCAAAGAGCUUCUGGGCUCUACGAGCAAUCUAGGGUUGAUGCAUGAGACUGUCAACAGUCACGACGACUCGCAGUGGACACGUCCGUGGUUUGCGUGGGCCAACGGCCUGUUUGGCCAGAUGAUCCUCGAUCUUGAGAAGAGGAAGCCGCAUCUACUUGAACAGAGCUUCCAGAGCUAG